AUGGCGCUCCGGGGAUUCCCGCGCGCCCCGAAGGGCCCCGGCCCCGCCGCCCGAGCCCCGAGCCCAGGGGCGCCGCCGCCUCCGCCGCGCUCGCGGCCGCUGCUGCUGCUGCUGCUGCUGCUGGCCGCCUGCGGGGCGGCGGGGCGCUCUCCGGAGCCCGGGCGCCUGGGUCCCCGCGCCCGGCUGAUCCGGGCGCCGCCGAACCCGCGUGCUGGGCGCGCGCUGCCCGGCGGUGGCGAGGAUCGGCAGGCGCGCGACGAGGAGCCCGGUACCCCGGGUCCCGGCCAGGCUCCGGGUCCCGGCGAGGACGGCGCCCCCGCCGCGGGCCAGGGGCGCUGGGCGCGGGCAGCGCCGAUGGCCGGAGCGGCUUCGCGGGCGCAAGUCUCGCUCAUCAGCACGUCGUUCGUGCUCAAGGGGGACGCGACGCACAAUCAGGCGAUGGUGCACUGGACGGGCGAGAACAGCAGUGUGAUCUUGAUCCUGACCAAGUAUUACCACGCAGACAUGGGGAAGGUUCUGGAAAGUUCUCUGUGGCGGUCGUCGGACUUUGGGACGUCCUACACCAAGCUCACCCUCCAGCCUGGCGUCACCACCGUCAUUGACAACUUCUACAUCUGCCCGACCAACAAGAGAAAGAUCAUCCUGGUGAGCUCCUCGCUCAGCGACCGGGACCAGAGCCUGUUCCUCAGCGCGGACGAGGGUGCCACCUUCCAGAAGCAGCUCGUCCCCUUCUCCGUGGAGACGCUCCUCUUCCACCCCCGGGAGGAGGACAAGGUGCUGGCCUACACCAAGGAGGGCAAGCUCUACGCGUCGUCUGACCUGGGGAGGAAGUGGACCCUUCUGCAGGAGCGAGUGACCAAAGACCACGUGUUCUGGGCUGUGUCUGGGGUGGAUGCUGACCCUGACUUGGUCCACGUGGAGGCCCAGGACCUUGGAGGAGGUUUUCGCUACGUCACCUGCCAGAUCCACAACUGCUCCGAUAACACGCAGACGAUGCCCUUCGCGGGCCUCAUCGACCACGGCUCUCUGACCGUGCAGGACGAUUACGUCUUCGUUAAGGCAACCACAACAAACCAGACAAAAUACUACAUCUCUUACCGUCGCAGUGAAUUCGUCCUGAUGAAGCUGCCAAAGUAUGCAUUGCCGAAGGAUCUGCAGGUCAUCAGCACGGAUGAGAGCCAGGUGUUCGUGGCCGUGCAGGAGUGGUACCAGGCCGACACCUACAACCUGUACCAGUCGGACACGCGCGGCGUGCGCUACUCGUUGGUGCUGGAGGAUGUGCGCAGCUCGCGGCAGGCGGAGGAGAGCGUGGUCAUCGACAUCCUGGAGGUCCGAGGGGUGAAAGGAGUCUUCCUGGCAAACCAGAAAGUCAACGGGAAGGUGGUGACGCUCAUCACCUACAACAAGGGUCGAGACUGGGAUUAUCUGAGUCCUCCCAGCACGGACAUGAAUGGGAAACCAACCAACUGCAAGCCUCCGGACUGCCACCUGCACCUGCACCUGCGCUGGGCGGACAGCCCCUACGUGUCGGGGACCGUGCACACGAAGGACAGCGCGCCCGGCCUCGUCAUGGGUGCAGGUAACCUGGGCUCCCAGCUGGUGGAAUAUAAAGAGGAAAUGUACAUCACGUCGGACUGCGGCCACACCUGGCGGCAGGUGUUUGAGGAGGAGCACCACAUCCUCUACCUGGACCAUGGCGGCGUGAUCGUGGCCAUCAAGGACACCUCCAUCCCCCUGAAGAUCCUCAAGUUCAGCGUGGACGAGGGCCUCACCUGGAGCACGCACAACUUCACCAGCACUUCCGUGUUUGUGGAUGGGCUGCUGAGUGAGCCCGGCGACGAGACGCUGGUCAUGACCGUCUUCGGCCACAUCAGCUUCCGCUCGGACUGGGAGCUGGUCAAGGUAGACUUCCGGCCCUGGUUCUCCAGGCGGUGCAGCGAGGAUGACUACAGCUCCUGGGACCUCGCCAACCCGCAGGGUGACCGCUGCGUCAUGGGCCAGCAGAGAAGCUUCCGCAGGAGGAAGCCCGCGUCCUGGUGCGUCACAGGCCGCAGCUUCACGGCGGCGCUCACGGCCCGCGUGUGCCCCUGCCGGGCCUCGGACUUCCUCUGUGACUAUGGAUUUGAGCGCGCCCCCUCCUCGGAGUCCGAUGCCAACAAGUGCUUUGCCAACUUCUGGUUUAACCCCCUGUCGCCCCCUGACGACUGUGUCCUGGGCCAGACCUACACCAGCAGUCUCGGGUACCGGAAGCUGGUGUCCAACGUGUGCGAGGGCGGCGUGGACCCGCGGCAGAGCCCGGUGCGGCUACAGUGCCCGCUCCUGCCGCCGCGGGGCCUGCAGGUCAGCAUCCGCGGCGAGGCCGUGGCCGUGCGGCCCGGCGAGGACGUCCUGUUCGUGGUUCGGCAGGAGCAGGGUGAUGUCCUGACCACCAAGUACCAGGUGGACCUGGGAGACGGCUUCAAGGCCAUGUACGUGAACCUCACAUUGACCGGGGAGCCCAUCCGGCACCGCUACGAGAGCCCCGGCGUCUACCGCGUGUCCGUCAGGGCGGAGAACAUGGCGGGGCAUGACGAGGCAGUGCUGUUUGUCCAGGUCAACUCCCCCCUGCAGGCCCUCUACCUGGAAGUGGUUCCUGUCAUCGGCGUCAACCAGGAGGUGAACCUCACAGCCGUGCUGCUGCCCCUGAACCCCAACCUCACCGUCUUCUACUGGUGGAUCGGCCACAGCCUGCAGCCCCGCCUGUCCCUGGAGAACUCUGUGACGACGCGGUUUGUGGACCCGGGGGACGUGCGGGUGACGGUGCAGGCCGCCUGUGGGACCUCCGUGCUGCAGGACUCCAAGGUGGUCCGCGUGCUGGAUCAGUUUGAAGUGGUGCCUCUGCAGUUUUCCAAGGACCUGGACGCUCACAACCCCAACACCCCCGAGUGGAGGGAAGACGUUGGCCUUGUGGUGUCCCGGCUCCUCUCCAAGGAGACCAGCAUCCCCGAGGAGCUGAUGGUAACGGUGGUAAAGCCGGGGCUGCCCACCUUGGCCGACCUGCACGUGCUCCUGCCCCCUCCCAGGCCCACGAGGAAGAGGAGCCUCACCAGUGACAAGAGGCUCACGGCCAUCCAGCAGGCGCUGAACGCACAGAAGAUCAGCUUCCUCCUGCGUGGCGGGGUCCGGGUCGUGGUGGCCAUGAGGGACGUGGACACAGAUUCCCCGAGCCUGGGAGGCGGAGGCGGCUACUGGGCGGUGGCGAUCCUCUUCGUCAGCGGGCUCUUCGCGGUCGGGGCCUUCAUCCUGUACAAGUUCAAAAGGAAACGCCCCAGCAGGACCGUGUAUGCCCAGAUGCACAACGAGAAGGAGCAGGAAAUGACGAGCCCCGUGAGCCACAGCCAGGGCGUGCAGAGCGCCAUCCAGGGUGAGGAGUUCAUAGAGGACGAGCUCCACCCACAGACUCUAGGGAAUCACUCGGGCGUGGUCCUGAGCGUCAGCUCCCGGGAGAUGCACAGCUACCUGGUGAGCUGAGGCCGCGGAGGCCGCGCCCGGAACGCUCUCCUCUCCGCCGCGUCAUACCCCGCGGAGGGCCCAGGACCACACCGCCGCCCCCCGGCUCGGGGUGGGACCCGCACCCCCGCGGAGACCUCGGGAAAGCCUCCUCUUCCUCCCGCCGCGUCCACGCCAGCCGACAGCUGCCCCCGCCCCGUCCAGCUCGAGCCCGCCCCGCCCCGGCCCCCAACUCGAAGCCCACACCCCGUCACUCCGGCGAGGAGGCCUGACUUCUCAUAGGCGAGGCCGGGCCCCCUGAGACUGGGGGGUGAGCCUGCCGGACUCUCAGAAGCGCAGAUCCCCCCACCCCCCGCCUCCCAUCACCUGCACCGUGGGCUCUUGUCCCCCGGAGGAAUGCGGAGCCCUGCUUUCUUCCUCGGAACCCCCAGGAAGGCAGCUCCCACCGCUCACAGGCCGUCCCUCUGCGGGGGUCGUGCACACCCUCCAGAAUCCGGAAAGCCUGCUGCGGCCCCCCCCACGCCACACUCCUGGCCUCCCUCCGGGGUCCCCUUACUCUUUUUAACCUGCAGAGAUGUAAAUACCUCUCUAGGUAGCCAUUUUCGGUUUCUGGGGGGAGAGGUGAUUCUCUUUUUAUUGCCAGGCAGUAGCCCCCGUUCUUGGGAACCCCGUUUGCCGAAGCCCAGUAAUGCUCCUCCACCCCGCCCCCCCCCCAAGCCUUCUCUCCUGGGGUCCCCGCCACCAAAAGCAAAGCUCCCCCCAGCUCCGCCCUCCAUGGGCGGCUUCCCGUCCCAGGAGCUGCCUGGAGACAGAUGCCCAGUGUUUUGCGUUCCCUCUUGGCUUGAGGGAGCCGCGCAGAAACCCAGGAACCAGGAGAGGUUAGCAAGGCAGAGCGUGAAGGGCAGACAGGGAGUGCCCGCCUUGUCCUGAAGACAGAGCCGCCGAGGCCCAGAGAGGUAGCGGCUGCCCCGGGGGGCCGCAGAGGUGCCCCAGGAGCCAGCCCCCCGCUUCCCACACAGUUCGACCCCCUCGCUCACGGAUGCCUAGAAUCAGGGACUCGGGGAGAAUCUGGGGGCGGGGUUUCACUUUUUGCCUUGAAACUGGAGGCGGCCCGCCCCGCCCCCUCCCUGGGCUCUCGGUGGCCAGAGCCUCCCCCCAGAGUUGGGGACACCCUAGAGCCCAGGCUAGGAUCUGCCGGCUGCGAGGAGUCCAGGAUGAAGCCCGGGGCAGUGGGAAGCCUUAGCUCGCUUCCGCAGAAAAGAAACUCAGCCUGUGAGGGGUCAUCCGCACCCCCAGAGAAGCUCCCGCAUGUGGGAGGGGGGACCGUGGCAUCCAGUCCCACGUGUCACAAAUGGGGUCUGAGACCGGCUCAGAAGGGGUCACUGCAGGUCACGGGGCGGGCGGCAGAGGCGCCCCCCAUCCCCUCCCUGCGGCCCCGCAGAGCGGCUUCCAGGCCCUCCUCCGGGAAGCCCAGGAGUUGCGGGGCACUGUGGGGAGAGGCUGGGUUCUCGGGGCGUCUGCCUCCGCCAGCCUGCCUGCCCUCUCCAAAGACCCCUUAGGGAGCCCCGCGUCCUGCCGUCCACCCCAGCCUGGCCUGUGAGCCUCAUUCCCAGGUCAGACACCUGUCAGCGCUGGCCCCAUCCCAGGUCAAGGUCAGCAGGGAGUCCCCCGGGCACAGCUCAGCAGUGCCAGUGGAUGACGACCCCCCAUGACCUCCUGACCCUCAGCUGCAUUCUCUCGCUGAUGGGAUAGGGUUUCCCUUCAGCUAUUUGUGUUCUUCUCGUAUUUUCUGUCAUCAUUUCUAUGAAGAGCAUUUUGGGUGUGCGGACCCAAGAGCCUGGGAAUAAGUUGGUAUCUAUAACCGAAUACGUUCCAUCCCCAUAACCGUGUAGAUCGACACGUAGGUCUGGGUUUAUCUGGUUCCACGUUUUGAGGUCCUGCAUCUUUGACGUACAGGUAUGCGCGGGCCCCGGGAAGAGCGGGCUGGGCUUGGACCGCUAACGUCUCAUUCAGCUGGAUCGAGCCCACACUUCUAUAUGCACAUAACAGAGAUGCGAUAAAUUCUUUCUUAUUUUUCCUUUUUAAAAAUCAAUAAAUCAUUUGU